CAAAGCAUAUGCCAACCAAGCAGACAACUGAACAGUGCAACACAGUUUGUCACCUCAGUUCUCACAUUUUUGUGUUAAAGUUGACAGCUUACUUUGCCUUUCUUCGUUAAAAUGGACAGUGCUUUUGAUAACCUGGAUGCAGCUGGGUUCCUGGAAAUCUGGCAACACUUCGAUGCAGAUGAUAAUGGCUACAUUGAGGGCAAAGAGCUUGAUGAAUUUUUCCGUCACAUGAUGAAGAGACUAGGUCCAGAGGAAAAAGUGACUGAAGAGAGAGUCCAGAGACUGAAGAAAAGGUUUAUGUCGGCCUAUGAUGCCACUGCUGAUGGGAAACUACAGAUUCAGGAGCUGGCCAAUAUGAUCCUCCCUGAAGAUGAGAACUUCCUGUUAGUCUUCCGCAGAGAAGCUCCUCUGGACAACAGUGUGGACUUCAUAAAGAUAUGGAGGAAGUAUGAUGUUGACUGCAGUGGCUACAUAUCAGCUCAGGAGCUCAAGGCCUUCCUGAAAGACUUGUUCCAACAGCAUCACAAGGAAGUGUCAUCUGACAAGCUGGAGGAGUACACAGACGCAAUGAUGAAAAUCUUUGAUAAAAACAAGGACGGCUGUUUGGAUUUGAACGACUUGGCCAGGAUCUUGGCUUUAGAUGAGAACUUCCUGCUCCAGUUCCAAAUGGAUGCCUGCAGUAAAGAGGAGAGAAAGAGAGACUUUGACAAGAUCUUUGCCCAUUAUGACGUUAGUAAGACAGGAGCACUGGAGGGUCCCGAGGUGGACGGCUUUGUCAAAGACAUGAUGGGGCUGGUCAGGCCCGACAUCACGAGCACUGAGCUGGACACGCUGCGAGGCAUUCUGCUGCGUCACUGUGACGUCAACAAGGACGGGAAGAUCCAGAGAAACGAGCUAGCUCUGUGUCUUGGAGUCAAACCUAAACCUUAGUUAGAGAGUUAUAUGAUGAAACACACAAAUUGAUGCUGUGUCAUGAAAAACAACAUUAAAUGAAUGUACAUUAAAUGACUUUUAAUGUGAUUCUUGUGCAUGCUGUAGGCCAAAAGAAAAGAAUGAGAUGUGAAUGUUUUUUUGGCUGAAAUGAUGUAUGUCUGUGCUGUAAGGAAUGUGCUAUACUAAUCAGUUUGUUAGUCAGUGAACAUGUAAGUUUAGAUGGUGAAAACAUUGUAAUAUAAAGUUUUCUUCUUUUAGUUUGGUGCUGGAGUACGUCGGCCAUUACUGACGUUUGGCUGUUUGCAUGUUUCUCUGCCAAAGAAGGCCUAAGUAUAGUAUGCUGUGGUAAUUUUAAUAUACUGCUCUGUUGAGGAAAUAAAACUAUGAAGACAA